GAGACGUGAUUGUGUUUAAACCUGAAAAUCCCUCCUCCUCUCUAAAUCGACUUCAGCUCUGCCCCCUUCGGCUUUGCCGCUACUACGCGCAGUGCUGAAGCUGCUGUCCUGGAAAGAGCAACCUAUCAAGAGCAGGAAGCGGCAGAUCAACAACGGAAGCGACAGCGUUUUGCGACAAAUUCACUCCUACUUUGAGUGGAAAGGUGUCGAGGAACAUGCGUUCAACGCACAGGUGAAAAAAUUACCUGAUUUAACUUCUUCGCUGCUCCAACUUUUCGUCCCUACUUUGCGCAGAUUCCGGUUAGAUUUCCUUUUUGUUUGUUUGAUUCUGUUGAGAAUAGUUUUUUUUUUUUUUAAGAAACAAACAAACUAUAAAAUCUUGAGACAUGUCUCGCAAGAAGGCAGUCAAAGGCAAAGCAGCGACCAGCAGCCCGUCCGCGGGCAGCCCCGCCGGGAAAGGGACCGGGAAAUCUGCGAGAGGAAGCCCGGGCAUCGUUCAGAUGAAUGGUGUAGUCCAUCCCAGCAGACCGUCCAUCAGCAACAGCAGCGAGUUUUAUGACAUCGCUUUCAAGGUGAUGCUGGUUGGAGAUUCUGGUGUGGGGAAAACCUGUCUUCUGGUCCGAUUCAAAGACGGCGCUUUCCUGGCUGGCAGCUUCAUCUCCACUGUGGGCAUCGACUUUAGGAAUAAAGUCCUGAACAUUGAUGGAGUCAAGGUGAAGCUCCAGAUCUGGGACACAGCUGGACAGGAGCGGUUCCGCAGUGUCACUCAUGCCUACUACCGUGAUGCCCACGCUCUUCUCUUGCUGUAUGACGUCACCAACAAAUCGUCCUUUGACAACAUACAGGCAUGGCUGACUGAGAUCCACGAAUACGCCCAACAAGAUGUAGUGCUCAUGCUGCUUGGAAACAAGGCUGAUGCCACUCAUGACAGGGUGGUGAAGAGAGAAGAUGGUGAGAGACUUGCUAAGGAAUUCGGAGUUCCCUUCAUGGAGACCAGCGCCAGGUCAGGCCUCAACGUAGAGCUGGCUUUCACUGCUGUGGCCAAGGAGCUGAAGCACAGGUCCAUGAAGGAUCCCAAUGAGAAGUUUAAGCUCCAUGAGUACGUGAACAAGGAAAUGAAGGGUACUGGCUGCUGCCGGUCUUAAAAGCCUGCCCCAGUCACUCUUUGGCUCUGUGUGUGUGUGUAUGUGUGCCACUUAUUUCCAUACUGUACGUGUUCAUAUCUGGUGUGAUCAGAAAGGAGGAGUCAGCUCCAACGAGGUAUAAACCCGUUCGACCUUCUACUCGUCCAUUUUCAGACGUCUUUGUGUCAGUGCACACAAUCUCACUCUGUUGUCCUCACUAGUCUCAUUACCUUCCUGCAUCAUGUGUAUGUGCGUCUUGCUUUUCCCCACCCAUCUCCUUCUGUAGCUGUAAAUGUAGCCUAAGGUUAUAAUUGGCAAAAGGCAAAGAUGGCACACCUCAGUUAUUACCCUGUUUCAACUGCAGCUACACAAUUAUCUUCACCAUUGCCUGGUGUCCUUCUUUUAUUUUGAAGGGUCUUCUUUGUUUUGUUUGUUGCAGAGAUAAAAUGCAUGUUUUUAAAGCACUUUAAUUUCUGCAUAUAAUUAAUGUGUUAGAUGUAACUGUCAUUUUCUUCGGAUGUUACGGAUGAAUGUUCAAAUAGUAAAUGUGUAGUGAAGUGUCCUCUGUACAGUUUGUGGUCAAAUCAAUGAUUCAACAGGCUCCCUGGAGCCGGGUUAGCUCACCAGCAUACAUUUAGUCUAAGUGUUUCAGCUGUGGAUUUGGGG